AUGGGAAUCGCAUUCUCUUCAUCGACUACUAUAAAGUGAGUUAAUCGAACUGUGAUUUAUCGAGAAAAUCGAAUUAUUUUUUUGUUAUUUAGCAAUAUGUUUGAUGGUGUUCCACGUGGACAAGACGAUUCGAUUUUCGAUGUUUUGGAGGCGUACAAAAAGGAUCCGAGACCGGAUAAGAUUAAUUUGAGUGUUGGAGCGUAUCGAGAUGAUGAUGUAAGGCUGAUUUGGGCUGGAGGAAUUAGGCCAUUUGAGAAAGUCUAGGCCUGAAAUGUGGAGCAUUUUGAGCCUAAGAAAGCCUAGUCUCUAGGCUUAUUUAGGCUAUGAGUCUAGGCUUUUCUAGGCUCGAAAUUCUCCAAAUUUUGAAUCUAAAAGUAAUUCCCUUUUAAACCCCCGCGAAUUGUUUGCACGCCAAACGCGCCUUCAAGGUGAAGACUGACGCGUUUGAGCGUGGGAACGAGCCAUUGUUUGUUCUUUUUGUUGUUUUUCAGACAAGUUCUGAGUUUUAAGCUUGUUACUGUUUCUUUCACAAGUUCUACGGUGUGAACUUGUGAUUAGGUGAUAAUCCCCGUUGUAAAUUGUUGAUUCCGGAAUCGGAAUCCUUUUGCUAUUGUUAUUUUAUUUAAAAUCACUCAAUAAAUUAUUGUUUGAAACUUGUUGUUCAUUUUUGCACAUUUUAAGUGGCAAUUCCACUUAGAAUUCCUAUAUUUUGUGGACCCUUAUCGAGACUUGAAAUAAGUCGACAAGGGCAACCAUUACUUGGGGGCCGAACUAAAAUCCGACGAAAAACCGAGUGAAAUUUGGUUAUUUGGAGGAACGAAUUGGUUGUAUUUUGUGUUGCUCAAGGAAAUUCUUUGAGUAAUAUAAGAUUUUAUUGAUUCGAAUCGAGUCAAUAAACUGUGGAAGUUGUUGAUUGGUGUGAUUGGAGGUGGAACAUCGACGGAGUCGGGAUUGGCAACUUCAGAGGUUUGAAUCAAACUUUUGAAGCGUCGUUGUGAUCUAAGAUCGUCAAUUCAUUCUUUUUGCAGUGCAAUCAAACUAUGACAUCAAAUAUGGGAACGAAUUGGGCAAAUGAGACGGAAAAAUCGACAAAAGAUGAGAAAGUUGAGACUGGAGCUGUUGAGUCAACGAUUUUUGAAUGGGUGGAAGAGAACAGUGAAGAAUAUGUUAAGAAAGCUGUCGCGACCGCAAAAGAAGAUAUUUUGCGUGUUGCAAAAGUCACGAAACGUCAGGCUGAUGUAAUUAUGGAACCACUUGCCAGAAGUUUUGACAAAUUUGUCGCGGGUUUGUGUGAGGAGUUGCGCGAAUCGCCGAAUUUGGUCAAUAAUGAGGAGGCGAGAUGUAUUCGAUAUUUGCGAAAAGUGGAAUUUGCGGAUGUCGAUAUUGUUCAUAGAUAUAUGAGUGCUGGCGCGGAAGUUUUGAGAUUUGAGAGAGAAACCGGGUAUGAUGCUGAUGGUUAUAAAGCUCAGGUUGAUAAAGAAAUUGAUAAAUGCAAUUUCCAGGUGGAAAAAUUGCAUGGCGAAGCCGAAAAAUGGAAAAAUGAAGCCGAAAUGUUGAGAAAGAAAGUUGAAGAUUCUGAGGAUGCAUAUGGUGAAUUAUUGGAGAAGUAUACAAAGAUGGAAAAGGAAGUACAAUUGUUGAAGAACCGAAAAGGUGAGAAAACAAUCCGAGAAGCAUCACCAACACCAAGUUUCCAGAUGUUUUCCGAUUUGAAGAAUGCGAAAUCGAAAUUUGCGACUCCGAAUCGAGGUGCAACUGUUGAGACAAUGGCUGGACGUGUUUUGGAAGAUGGUGAGUCUACUUCGGGGCUUUCAAAAUUGGAAACCGAUAAGCGCAGCGAAAAUUCGACUGAAAAGAGAACCAAAGAUUGGGUUAUUCAUGGAAAAUCGAAGAUUGUUUCCGAUGGAGGAUCCGAAAAUGUCGAUGGACAUGGAGGAGGAAAAUCGGAAAAAUCGCCAACAAAAACGAGAAGUUCUAUUGAAAGUGUUAAAGAUGGAUUGGUGGCGAUGAUGGGAUUCAUGAAGCUGAAUAGCUUCCCAGAUCCAGAACCGUUUUCGGGAUAUGCCAGUGAGAAUUUGGAUGAGUUCCUCGAAUUGUUCGAAUUGAAAUAUGGAAGUUUGACUGGAAAUGGAAAAGAAAUGGGUGCUAUUUUGACCGGAAAAUUCCUCAAAGGUCACGCCAAAAAGUUGUUUGAUUCAAUUGAUGUUGGAAAAGAUUGGAAAUGGAAAGAAGUUAAAGAGAAGUUUGAAGAAGUUAUGAAUGCUUCAAGAACGAGCAAAAGAGGAAGAGCAAUUGAGAAAUGGCAAGAUAUGAGAAUUGGAAAGAACCAAUCGUUGCAGAUGUAUUGCAUUGAAAUUGAGAAAUUAGCGCGAGACGCAUUUGAUGCAAGUCCGCGUGAAAUCGACAUUUAUAAGACGGCGAAAUUGUUGCAAGCAACCAGAAGAAAUUCUGCACUCGCUGGACUUUUGGCAGUCAAGAAAAAUGAUAAGAAAGACGGAAAUCAAUACGAAGCACUCAAAUCUGCCGCGCUUCAAUUUGAAUAUGAUUUGGAAAGAGAGAAAUAUCGAGAAGAUCGAAAGAAGUUUGAAAAGAAAGGUGGAUCGGACCCAGGUGAAAGUUCGAAAGCCAAAAAUGAGAAAUCGGAAAAUGCGGAUAAAGAUGAAACUUCGAGGACAACUAAUGAAAAAUCGAACCAAGGUGAAAGUUCGAGAAGAGAUGCUGGAAGAUGUUUUUCAUGUGGAAAAGAUGGACAUUUUAUCGCGAAUUGUCCGAAUCGAGCUGAAGUCAAUUGUGUGAAAACCGAAGGAUUGUGCAAGAUGAGACCUGUAGAAAAAGCGACAAUUUUGGGUCAACAAGUUGAGAUUUUGAUUGAUUCGGGAUCAGAAGUCUCGCUCAUGUCAUCUAAAAUAUUCGACAAAUUGAUGGACGGUGCCAGAAAUUUGGAGAAAUCAAAAUGGAAAGUUGAGCUACCAGGUGAUUGGUCGUUGAAAAGUUGUGGAGGAACGAAUAUGAAGAUCAUCAAACAAUUUGAAGUUGAGACGAAAAUUCGAGAUCGAGAAGAAAAGGUGAAAUUCCAGAUUAUCGAGGAAAGUGUGAAUAUGUUGAUUUUGGGAUUGGAUAGUUUCAAAAAUUUUGGAAUUUUUGUUGGAUGGAAAUCCGAAUCAAAUAUGGAAGAUUCAAAUGUGGAAUCUGGAAAUCCAGGUGUCGGAAAGAAACGACAAAGAAAACGCGCAGCGCGAAAAAUUCGGGAAAAAGGCACUGAUUUGGUUCAGAAAAUUUAUUCCUUGAAGAUUUCAGAUUCGGAGGAUGAAUCGCGCGAUGUUUCGACUGGACCAGAAGCUGAUAAAUCAGAAGUUAUUGGAAAAGAAGUUGCUGAAAUUGUUGAUCAAGAAAAGAUGUUGGAAGAUAUGGAUUUAUGGAGAAAUCCAUAUAAUAUUGGAAAGAAGUCACUUGUAAUGAUGAAUGGAAAAUUUUCGGCGGUUGAUCGGGACACAUUGGAUCGAAGAAUUGCGGUUGCCGAUGGUGUUUGGAGAAAAUUGAUGUCGAAGGACAGCGGGUGUUGUGGCUCCGAGUCGAUGUAA